ACAAGCGCACACAAACGCAGACCCACACAGACACAGAGACGCGCGUGGACACGGAUGCGCGGUCACGGGCACAGACGGACACACACGAACAUACCCAGGCAGACCCCCAGGCACCAGCACAGACACGCGCAGCCCCUCGCACGGCGGGGGCGGCCCGGCGCUGCUUAGCGCCCCGCCCCUGCCCGCGGCCGCACUGCCGCCAUGGGGACUCUGCGCGGCGCCGCACGGAGCGGAGCGCGGGCCUCGGCGCUGCCGCCGGCUCCGAGGGAUUGCUGAGGCUCUGAAGAGGAAGAGUAACAAAAGCUAAUCAGAGUUUUGACAGAAGUGGUUUUCCCCCUGGAAUUUCCCCUGGGAUUUCACUUGCACUGGUAGAUCAGCAGAGGACAUCCAGAUUUAGACAACUGUGCAAAGUCUGACAUGACAUAAACCUGUUUUGUCACGUUUUUCUUACAUAUUCUAAGGUACUAAACACAUAACUUGGCUUUGGAUAUGCAUCAUGUAAGAGACACGUGUUGUUCAGCUUACAGAGCCAUGCACAAGUCUCUUCAGAUUCCAAGAGUGGAAUAGUUGUUAUUGGUGACAGCACGUACAGCAAGGAUGAAAGGUAUAGAAGCAAAAUGUUUAUUUUGCAAUCAGUAGGUUAUAUUUCUUAAUCACUGUGGAAACACUGAUGGGUGGACCAAUGCAUUUUUAUCAACUUGGCAUAGAAUAGAAUGCUUUAGAGUUAAAAACCCACAUGGAAAUGUUGCAGAAAGAAGACACAAAAUAGAGAGUGAGAUAAGAAAGAGAGCAUGAAAUAAGGACUUACAGGAGUUAGCUGACUGAAGACAUGUACAUCAGCAUUCUGUCUAAAGUUUGUUGCAGCUUGCCUGGAAGAUUUCUGGGAGGGCCACCUCACAGCCUACAAAUGAAAUCUUACAAUUUUCAGCAUGUGUUGUCCUGGCAAGCAAAAAGGGAUCCAGCUGUGCCAACAUACUAUCGUGUGCUGUACACUGACCGCAGGAACUGGAAGACUGCCGAACAAUGUUCAAAUAUUACCCAACUCUCCUGUAAUCUGACAGAUGAUUUUAAAGAUGUUCAAACUCAGUAUUUUUCAUUGGUUCAAAGCAUGAUAGGAACUGAAGUAUUUAAUUCGUCUGUACUUGAGUUUGAACCAAUUACUGAGACGAUCCUGGGACCACCAGAAGUUAAUAUCAGUUCCUGUCGAAACUGCAUAAAUGUCACCAUAAAGCUUCCAGCCUCUCACUUAAGAAUACACAAAACGCUACGGUCUUUAAUUGAUAUAUAUGGAGAGCUUGAAUAUGAUAUAACACUGAAAACAUUUGAUGGAGAGCAUAAGAGACCACUUGAGAAAACCACUGAAGAAACUUUUAGUACUGUCAUUGAAGGCUUGUAUCCAAACAGAAAUUACUGCGUGUCUGUUAUGGUCACUGCAUCUAUGAACAAACAGUCCAUCCCAUCACCCUGGAAAUGUGUAACUGUGAACUCUGUAGCUCGACAAGAUUAUAAUAUGGUUACAGUCGCAGGUGCUGUAUGUUUUUCACUGGUUUUAGCUGGUGCCCUGAAGUGUCUGCAUGCAGGAGGUUAUAUUCUUCAAAACAAAUCACUUCCAGGUAGCCUGAUAUUCCUCGGGUCGUUAUCCUUUCCACAUUGGACACUCGAAUCUGAAGACAUAGCCUCAGUAGAGAUCUUUUACAAAGAAGUUAAAAAAAAGGUGAAUGAAUCCAGUGUUGGUGUCAGUGAUGAAGAUGACAGCAGUGACAGUGACAGUGAUGCCAUAAGGAAUCAUGACUAUACAAGGCGUGAUAUCGUAAGCAGAGUCCCACAUUCCUCUGAUGUGCCAAAUGUAUUUGUGCAGUACUCUACAAAUGGUACAAGUGACGACAGCAGCAGCCAGGCAAGUGAAAAUCCAGAAACUGACCCAGGAGAUUUUGAAGAGCAUGAGAUGGACAUUGAAGAAGACAAAGACACAAGUAGUGAGUUACUUAACCCUUUCUCUGAGGUAAAUGAUAACUAUUCUAGUCGAAGGAACAGUGCUUGCUUUACCAUUAACUUAAGAACUGUGCUGUUGAGAACGUCUGAAGAAAAUGUGGAUAGUUCUACAGCCCUUCUUUUUUCCCAAGAAGAUGCAGCUGACUGGCAAUGUUCUCGUGCUUUUGAAUCAAAACCCCUGGAUGACCCAGGAAGUGCGCAGAAACCACAUUGUCAGAACAGCUCUCAUGAACUUCAAAAUUCCUCUCGUUCUUCUGAUGAAAGUGACUCAUCGGAUUCAGAUAUGGACCUAAAAACUGAAUAUCUAAGAAGAUGAAUAAGUGAGGACCACUAUUACUUUAUAGCACACGAAUUUACAUUUUCCAACUUUAUUUCUGGACUCAAUAUACAGAUCUUGUCUUCUUUUAUCAUUAUUUUAGUAUAUGCGUGAAGACUGAAAUUAUGAAACACUUAUUUUUAACAAAUAUAUUUCUCAUCUCUCUUGGUUGCUCCAGAUAUGGUUCAGGCUGGAUUAUCCACAGAGAAACAAAAAUUAUUGUUCACAUGCAGCAGAAAGAGUAGUUAUUUCGUAUUGCAGUUCCAUAGUGAAUUAUAUGUUCUAGUGAAAGUUAGUUUGUAGUAGCAGGAGUUGCAAGUGGCAGGGCUCUUAACCAGACCACUUUUUUGCUUUGAAAAAACUCUGUUAUUAUUCUCUAGCUCUGUUGAUGGAUUAGUCUGAAACCUGUUUUGCUGGAUGGAUUGCUGUAUUCCAGAUAGUGAACUGAUUUGUGCUGAGAAAGCUGAUCAAGUGAAAUCAUGGAGGUGGAGAUAAGAGUACUUGGCUUACAAAAGAGUUCUUCUUACUGUGAAUCAAGGCAUUAAAUAUACCUUUUUAUAAUCUUUGUAACAUAAUUUUAUGCAGUUAUUGAAUACUACUUUUUUACAUCUUUUUAUGAUAUGUAAACAGUACUGCAGUGUACAGUUGAACUUUAACCUGUGCUUCAUAAAAGAAAAUUUUUCAUAUCCCUGUUUGAACUUUUAGUGUGGCUCCCACAUCCCUUUGAAAAGCUGCGUGAGUUAGCCUGCUAAGAAUUUACUCCUUAUGGGAAGGGCUUUUGGGUUAUCACAGAGCUGAAAAAGCAACUUUUUUUCGCCUUGUGUUGAUCUGCCUAGGUACUACUUUUCUGCCCACAAGCAGUUUCUGGCCGCCGUGGCUGGCAGUCAUUCUUUGGUCAGGAUAGCCGUGAGUAGUUUCUGAGGUGCUGGAAUAUAUUCUGCUGCUGCACUGCCUUUAAGAACUAAGUAGGUGUAAGUGCCUGAUAUCUUGGAUCUUGACGGGCUAAUUAUUUCCAGAUUUGUGUAUCCGUAGAAUUAUCAGAUGAAACUUCCACUCACGCUGACCCUGUAACACUACUGUUAGUGCAGUGCUGUUGCUGUGCACCUCUCCACAGUGGAAGAAGCUGAGGGAAUCGCUCGCACAUAAGUGAAGGCAGUGGGAAUGUGCCCAUGCUAGGGAAGAACAAACCUACCUCAUAGCUUCGUUUGAUAACAAGAGGUGAUAAAUGGGCCAGAAGCAAA